AUGACCCAAAACUACUCGUACGGAACAAGCUUUUGGGAUGACCAAGAUGCUGGCGCUCGAAUUCUUCUAGACCACAUCAGCAAUGGUAUCGAGUCCUGCAAUAAUGUGGUUGUAUUUUACGAGGAAAGAAUUAAACUUGAAAAGGACUAUGCCCGAAGAUUAGGUGCGAUCAGCAAACGGCUGAGCGGUGGUUUACAAAAUAACCCAGAUUAUGGAAAACUGGGUGAAACGUUCAAAGGUCUGCUAUCUACACAGGAACGUUUGAGCCAAUCACAUUCAAAAGCAGCCGUGGAAAUACAUAAGGACGGGUAUUCAGAGCUCAAACAUUUUGUCCAGCAAAUCCAGGCCAGGUACAAGACCAUCGAUAUCAAAGUUCGUAGUCUUUGCAACGACAAGAUCACCAAACGCCAGCUUUGCGAAGUAUUGAAAGAGAAAUUGAACAAAGCAAGUAUCGAAUUGCGCGACUGUCAACUAAAUAGGGACAACUAUCUUGGAAGACGAGACUCGGAUCAGAACGACCGACAAUUCCAGAAAUGGACCAGCAUUGUGGAUGAGUUGCAGUCAAAAAUGGACGUUCUGAAGCAGGAAUACAGAGCGUCUAGUAAACACUGGCUGCACGAAUGGUCGGUUCUCAGUCUCGAGCUGCAAGAGCUUGAAAAGACGCGAAUAGAGUUUAUUCAAGUGAAAUUAGAGCAGUUUGCUAAACAAUGCUCAGAAACGGCAAUCCAAGAACAAACGAAUAUGGAAAACUUUACCCAGCGGAUAGCGAAAUUCACAGCAAAUCAGGAUAUUGCCUCUUUUGCAUACAAUCAUGGUACAGGGCGUCUAAAGACAACCGCAUUAGAUUCGUCUACAAAGAGCGAAAGACCCCGGGUCAAUAGCUCCAGGACUUCCAAUAAACAUGUACAAACGGUACGACAGCUUUCUUCACAAUUACAGCGAAGCCGUUUAUCGGCACAUUUCAAUGGCGAUGGACCAGAUAUCACACAAUCGACUUCGCAGCCUCCUCCGUCCAUAGAAACUGAAGAUGUUCAGCCUCAUGAUGAUUAUCUCAAAGCUCCAAAAUCCGUUCGCAUAUCUUCUGAUAACACAGAGGUAGAAGGCCACAAAAGCACGGUUGCUGCUUACACUACUUCAGAAUCCUCGAACGAUUCAUCGAACCCAACAGACUUCACAACGCAUUCAAGACGCCGAGCAAGUAUUGAAUCUAUGAACACUUCGAUAUCUUCCCUCGCACAUAGCAUAGAUGACUCCAGGAGGUUUGCAAAAUCUUGGAACUCCGAAAAUCGAAGAAAAUCGAAGACCCGCUCUCAAGUGUUCAAUUCAUCCCAGGGCACGAGUAUGAACGGGAGCUCGAGAUCUAGCAGCAUGGAAACGACUCGAAUCCAUACUAAUUCGCAUGAACCUAUUGCCCCUUCGUCGGCUCAAAGACGUAAAUCUAUGGUGACGGCAGAGCCGGAUUCAAAUCCUUUUAAGCAGGCCCUGGACGCAAUGCGGAAGGAGUCAAUGGAGGGAAAAGACAAUGAAACCACCACCAGCCGCUUAACUUCACGAAACAAGCCUUUAAUCCCAUUCCAUCCACCAGGUCAACCUUCUGACCAGCUUCGAGCUAGCUCAACUACGAAGCGCGUCCUUGACGGCGACCAAUACGUCGAGCUGCCGAGACUUGACAGCAAGGGUGAGGAAGUAAUCCGCCACGCCAAAGCGCUCUAUACAUAUAUGGACGCCAAUGAGCAGAUGAUUGUCAAUUUCCGUGCAGGCGAUUUUCUUCUUCUGACGGAGAAGUUGGAUGACGAUUGGUAUAUUGGGGAAGUAUGGGACGCAGCCGAUGUUGAUCCCAAAUAUCGGCAUGGAAUCAUUCCACACAAUUACAUCGAGCUACUGUCGUGA